AUGGACCUGUCCGAGAUCCCAUUCGACGUACCUGUCAUUCUCCAAUCGACUUGCUGGCUGAAGAAUCUGCAGAGUCCGCUCGGGUAUAAGAAAGCUCGUUGUCCGACAGACAAUCGCGAUAGCUACGAGCACGUCGUUCUGCACCGUAUCCGUGACGACAAGGUCGCUAUCCAGUCUGGAUACAAUGGCCGCUUUCUGCAAGUCAGCACGUCUGGCGAGUGCGUGUUCGACCCGACUGAACCUGACGCGUGGGAACUCUUCACCAUGGAGACAAACUCGGAGUGCUCGCUCUACUUUGUGUCAUGCCACACGGGAACUGUCCUCCAAUGCGACCAAAACGGUACCGUCCAGUGUGCGAAUUCGACUCGCAAGUCUUCGAAAGCAUGGCGAAUCGUGGAACCCCAUAGCACAAACUCUGUCGUCGCCCAGAUGCAGCACGCUUUGUCUCCAUGCCACACGCUGGCGAACAAGGAGCGCCGGAACUUCGUCUUGGAGCUCGCCAAGUGCGGCAAAACGCCGGACGAGAUCGAGCAGAUCGUGACCAGACUGUUUGACGGUCCAGCUGCCGCGGCUCAAGGCUCGACAGUAGCUGUCCCAGUUACGAAGGAGUAG